AUGAGUAAGGACCAGAUUCAGCGUGACAAGCGCUUGAUUGAUGGGGGACUUACUGACGCAAAACAAUAUAUAGCAGAGAAGAAAUAUGAUGAAUGCAAGAAAAUAUUAUCAAGAAUAACUCCUACAGCUCGAAGACUUGAAUAUCAUGUAUUUGAAACAUGUUUUAUGACUUGUAUGAUGCACAUGAAGACAGAAAACUACGCUGAAGCACGAAAAUUUGCUGAAGAAUGCACUCGUCUUAAGCCAGAUGAUGCAUUACCAUGGAAAUCCCUAAUUCAAAUCGAUAUUGACUCAAAAAGCACAAAUUUACUUAACACGAUUACACGUGCAUUAGAAAUUUGUCAACCAGACUUAGCAAUUCUCAAACAAAUUGCGCCACAUUUAAUUCCUCUCGAUGAUGAGAACUUAAUAAACCAAUUUGUUCGACUAUUAGACUCAGUAGAUGGUGCCUUGAUGCUUCCGAUUACUGCUAUGUUACCAGAAACACCAAAUACAUUAGAUAUCAGAUUAAAAAUGCUUAAACUUCAAGCUCCUAAAGAUUUACAAGCAUGCUCACGAUUGAUACAUACUAUUCUUGAAGAAUCCGACAUAUUCCAAGCUCCUCAUUGGAUUCAAACCCUUCCAAUCGAUAAUCAAGAUCGAAUUUACGUAGAAACACUAUUUGGCGAUGAACCCUUACAAUCAGCCGAAAAGCAUAUUGCUGGAGGUUCCUAUAUCUUCAAAGAUUUUGUCAGAGCGGCUAAAAAACGAGAUCUUACUUUAUUAAGGAAUUCUUUAAUGGUAAUUCCACCUUUUGUCAGUGGCUGGAUGUAUUACAUCAAUCUUAUUAACGAUCCUACUGUUCGUCUUCAAGCAAUUAACGAUGCAAUUAUGAAAUUUCCAAAUUAUGUUCCAUUAUUAGUGAAACUCAGCGAAACGAAAGAAGAACUUGGUGAUACGCAAUCAGCCAUCAAUAUUAUAAACGAAAUCAUCAAGAAUGAUCCAUGUAAAGGCACUCCUUUGUUAAUAAGAAUUUUGAUCAGACUCGGGCGCGGCCAAGAAGCCGAGAAACUAUUAGAAGAUGAUGUCCAUAAUGUCAUCACACAAGAGGAACGCACAAUGAUCGAUCUCCUUAUGUACAGACAUGACAAAAACAAGAAAAGACUCCAAAACAUAUUAAAUUGCAAAUCUGAUUCGCCAAAAAUCAUUGUAGCGAAAGCGGAAGCAGCUUAUAAUAUGAUAGACGAAUUGGGCGAUGCAUGCGAAAAGUAUUUCAUCGAUGCAAUGAAAGCAGAUAAAAAUGAUCCAAGAGGUUAUUUGUAUUUUGGUAAAUUUUUACUGGAAUACAAGAAAGAUGAGGAGAAAGCGGUGUUUCUGUUCCAGAAAGCGUAUGAUUUGGGAUUGGAAGAUAAGUCUGCUUUGGAAAUGACAAGCAGAAAUCUUGCAAAACAAGGUAAAUUCGAGGAAAGUUUAAAUCUUUGCCAAAAAGUGGAUAGUGAUUGGUCACACUUCAGGGCAGGAUUGAUUUUGCAGAAAUUGGGAAGACAUGAAGAAGCUUGCGAAGAGUUUCAGAAAGAUUUGAAAUUUAAUCCUGAAAGAAGAACUUCGUGGUCGGCUCUUGGACAGUCCUACGUGGUCCUUGGACGUGCUAAAGCUGCAAUGAGUGUCGCACAAGAAAUAAGAAAGCACGGAGAGCCAGAUUUGGAUUUGGAGUUCCAAUUAAACAGUUUAUUCGAAGCUCCACUCGAAUGGAAGGAAGAAUAUAGCUUGAAAGAGAACCCUCUGAGAUUUACUGCGUACUUACAGCAAGUAAUUACCAAACUUCGAAUGUUUCAAAGAUUUGGUAGAUUUGAAACUUGUCACUUUUUAACCUUAAAUGUACUUCCAUUAGUUCGCGAGUUUGUACAAAUAUGGGGAUCUCAGAGCAGCGUUCUAAAGCUUUGUGGCGACUAUUUUGUUGAAGAAUUUCUGAUUGAAAAGGAUAAAUCUUUCUUAAACGAAGGCCAAGUAUGUUUCAUGAAGCGUUGCGAGAUAGAUAGGAGGGCAGAAGCAUUCAUAGACCUCGCUCGUGUUCUUAAUCUCAAAGAUUUACCUGACCAAGCAACACUCGUUCUCAGAAGAGCUGUAAAAUCAUUUACAGACCACUCAGGAGUCUGGAUGAGCCUUGGAAUAUCCUUUGCUCUCUCAAAACAGUACUCUUACGCAAGACAUUGCUUAUGUGUUGCCGCAAAGCUCGCUACGUCUAUGGAAAUGGCAAGAUCUUACGCCUGUGUUGCUGCCAUUGCUCUUCUUAUCGAUGAUGAGAAGCUCCUUGAUACAGCAACGAAUGCAGCAAGAUCAUUUAACCCUUACGACCCAGAUGUAUGGCAAAUUUUGAUCAAAACCGAGAAAGUUAAUCGAUUCGAUGCAUCUAAGAUCGCUUUCGAGUUUGGAUCGUCCAGAUUAAUUAUUCCAAAUUUGCCACUCUUUGCUUUGAUGAGUGGAGAAACGUCUGAUGCCUUAAACUUCUCAUUUAUGGGCGAAGAUACUAACGCAAUUUCAUUUGCGUUCGAAGCUCUCAAAAAAUACGAUUUUGCUCUUCUUUUUGCGAACAAAGAUGACAAAGAAAGGAUUGAGAGACUGAAUCUCCUCAACUCCAAAUCUAAAAUCAGCAAAAUCGAUAAAAAGGAAGAAAAUGAACCUUUGAAAUCUUUACAAUUAGCCGCGGAAAAGAUAAUAAACGGAAACAGGACAGAAGCUGGAGAGAUCACUUUAUCGAUGAUCAACGAGAACUCCAGUUGCUCAUAUUCACUUGACCUCGAAAAGAGCGUUUUGGAGGUCAUUCCGAAGGGAUCUAAAUUAGAUGUGCCUCAUUCUUUAUCUGAUCCUGUUGUCUACUUGUUCAACGCAAUGAGAACAAUGAGUACGUAUGAAGCUGCUAAGGAUGCCUACCAGAAAUUCAACAGAUCUGCUCCAAUUGUCAAAAAUCUGGUAAUGGAGAUUAUAAAGAAUAAUAGAGAAGAAGAUUAUGGAUUGGCUUUACAGGCUCUUAACAAUGUCGCGAAAAAUCAAAAUGAUAGAGAAAUUUUGAGAUUAUUGUCAAUUAUUCAGUUGAAACUCGGAAUGAAGAAGGAAGCUUUGGUUUCUCUGCAACAAUUGUCAAUUCUUUCGCCAAGCUUUUUCAGAAAACUGAAAAGUACUAUUAAUAAAUUGUUUAUUGAAUAA